AUGUCCGAAGGCCACGCCCUCCCUAGAGCCUCAACCCCAUCAUCCCUGCACAACAUCAAGGCAUUGACGUUCGACGUCUUCGGUACGACGGUGAACUGGCGAAGCUCGGUCGAGUCCGCCCUGACGUCAGCGCUCGACGCCAAGAUCAACUCGGCAGGUUUCGCCAAGCUACCGGCGGAGCUCCAGGCGCGCGCCAGGCACCUCCAGGCCGGCAGCGCAGGGGACAGCAUCGCCGUUAUCGCGGCAUCGGCGUCGCCCUCGAGCUUGCCGACGCCGGACCAGCUGCCGGACUGGCCGUGCGCCUUCGCCGCCGCCUGGAGGCGGAGCUACGGCCGCUUCACGCGCGGCUUCGAGCCCGGCAUUACGCCGUGGAAGGACAUCGACACGCACCACCGCGAGAGCCUCGAGCGCCUGCUCGAGGAGCGCAAACUGGCCAGCUUGUUCACCGACGACGAGGUGCUGGAGCUGAGUCGCGCCUGGCACAGGCUGGAGCCCUGGCCCGACAGCCCCCGAGGACUCUCGCAGCUGGCGAGCCGGGGUCUGGUCACGGCCGCCCUGUCUAACGGCAACCAGGCCCUGCUGCAGGACCUAAACACUUACCGCGACGGCCUGGGCUUCGACCGUCUCUUCUCGGCCGAGGACUUUGGCGCCUACAAGCCCAAUCCGAGGACUUACUUGGGAGCGGUUGAGGGCUUGGGUCUGCGCCCGGAUGAGGUUGCCAUGGUGGCUGCCCACUUGGGCGACCUCAAGGGGGCAAAAGCCUGCGGCCUGCGCACCGUAUACAUUGAGCGCGUGGGCGAGGAGGAAUGGAUCAGAUCAGAAGACCGCUACGAGGAUGCCCGGCGAUGGGUUGACGUUUGGAUCCCCCUUGGCGAUGACCAACAGGGAGGUUUUGUUGAGCUCGACCAACAACUGCAGAGGCGUCAUGAAGAAAACCGAACGAUAGAGGCACAGAAUCAUGGGGACAGAUGA